GUAGUAUAUGCAUAUUAUAUGAAGUAUUGUUUGAAGAUGGAUUGCGCAAUCGUAACACUGAUCAAAGGUCACGGAGUGCUCAAACACAUGUUUUAAUAAUAUUGGAGAUUUGGAAUCUGAAAUUUGCACUUUUUUUUGUAUUUUGCACUUGAUAUGUCUUACUGCCGUGAAGAAGGUAAUGUCAUUAUAUAUUUUUAGUGCUUUGCUUGUGAAUUUUUUUAUUUUUACUGAGGAAAUCCUGCCCAUUUGUAAAUAUAAGCUCAAAAACUCUCAUUGAGUACUUGAGGUUGCAUCAUGACAUGACUGAUAUCUAUUGACACCAAAUACAAUACUAUAUAGAAUGAAAAGAAUAUUUUCUUGCUCUGAUAACUUCAGGUUAAUCACCUGGGGGCAAUAUGCUACAUUACCCACAUGAUUUUCCAAUUUAUAAUUAAACAUAUAUAUCUUCUUAGGAAAAGAGUAACUAUAUGAUCAUAUUUUUAUAAUUUUUUGACAUGUUUUCUCAGGCAAAGACAAAAUAAUAUUUGUGACCGAGUCAGACCAUGCAGAACCAAGCAAAGUUGAACUACCUGAAGUUGAGGACGAGGCAGAAUACGAAGGCUUGAUUAAACCAAACGGAGAAAUAAACUGGGAAUGUCCAUGUUUGGGUGGUAUGGCAACAGGAGUUUGUGGAGAACAAUUUAAGGAAGCAUUCUCUUGUUUUCAUACCAGUACCAGUGAACCAAAAGGAUCGGACUGUAUUGAACAAUUUCGAACAAUGCAAGAGUGUUUCAGACAAUAUCCUGAUGUCUACGGUGACUUUGAGAGUGUGGAUUCGGCUGAGGAUGACCAGGAACUCUUUGAUUUUGUUGAUGAACAGAAAGAAAUUGGUGAACGAGAAAAUACGCCAGAAAGCGGUACAGGGAAAGAGGAAAAUAAUACCUCCAGUGAACAACAAGAUAGUGUUUCAGAGAAGAAUGAAAAGACAGCUAAGAAAGAAGAUUUAUGAUGAUGCUAUAUCUAAGAUGGUGUGAGCUCAAAGCAUGCUCAAUAUGUGUCACUGUAGCCAAUGUUUUCCACUCAAAACAAAGCUAAUAUUGUCUACUUAGAAGUUGCAUUUGGUUUGUUUUCAGGGAAAGCUGAACAAAUUUGUUGUAAUUAUUAGCAUUUUUUGAAUGUUUUAAUUUAUGGCAUUGAUUGAAAAUAAAUUACCUCUUAUGGGAA